GUAAAGCUCAUCCUGAUCAUAAAGAUCAUACAGAUCAUAGUCGUGAAGCCGCGAACAUCGCAAAAGAGCUUUCUUUCCUUAUCCUCGAGUCGCCCAACCUGUUCACCUCAUUGACUUGCAACCUGGAUGAAAAUGGCCUCUGGCAUUCCUGCCAUGUGAUGUUUUGCAAGUACCUGUACGGUAUGCCGUAAGUAAGCAUGCAACACGGUAUGACUAAAGUAUUUUAACAUACACGUGAUGAAAAUGAAAAGAACAUACUACUACGACACGGAGGAGAUAUAAUGAAGUUGAUGCUGUAAGCAACACAAUUAUGCGGCCAUCCAUGUGUUUAAGAUUCGCUACAAGUAUAACACGGAGCGAACACCUGGCAUCCAUGUGACGCUGAAAGGUACUAGUACACAUGAAUAAGGAGAAGGUAUGACUCCAUCAUAUUAAUAUUUCUUUGGAUUCAUGAUCUUCAACAUCUAGACAAAGAUUGUGGUGCGAAAGUCUGGAGGAACAUGAGGUCGUGUGUCUCGAAGGCCGCACCUCAGAAGGGCCUCGACGUGCAGUAGAAAACUGUCUACUUAUUGUACUGCUCCUAUUGUUCUCUUGAUUAAUCACCGUCUAGUCCACCACACACAAUAUUUUACUGCCCCCUGUACAUGAUCAAUUUUUUUUUUCAUAAAUGCAUGCAUGGGAUCGAUUUACUCGUAGAGUACUCCUUCCAAAUACUUCUAUAUUUAGUAGACAUGGGAUCGAUUUACUCGUAGAGUACUCCUUCCAAAUACUUCUAUAUUUUUUGUCUACUAUUUCGUGCUCUUCUUUUGAGGGUACUACAAGGUUCUUGAAUGGCCUCAACCUCGAUAAAGAAGUCAAGACCACGGGCAGCACGACGCGACACCAAUCGUAUCAUGGAACCCGGUACGUGCUCGACGAGGGUCCUCACUCGUGUACUAGUUACCAAAGCAUAUUGAUUCCGCUUACUUACACGGAAUUGGAAAUGAAAAAAUCAUGAUAGUUUUUCCAAUGAGAUUUGUGACCUCCUCGAAGGCUAGGAGAACAAGUACCGAAGAGGAAGAGGGUACCAUCAAAAUCAAUAUUUAAAUUAACAAAAAC